AUGACGCGCGUGGCUGUGCCGCCGCCGCCGCCGCCGACGCCGCCGCCGCGCCGCUCACAGAUGACGAAACUCCGACUCUACCAUUCUCAAAUGUCUUUUGUUGACUUGUCGGAUAAGUGUAAAUCCAUAUACACCAUAAACAAUCGAACAUCACUAACCGUCCCCUCUCCUCCACAGAUCGAAGUGACAGUCCUGGACAAGAACGACAGUCCGCCCGAGUUCCAGAACAUUCCGGCCGCCUACCUCGCGUCUGAAGACCUGGCGCUGGGGCAGACCAUCGCCACCAUCACGGCUAUUGACCCCGACAGCAUUGGGACUACCAGCUACAGCCUGCAGUCGGCGCAGGGGCUGCCCUUCGAGCUGGACCCCCGGAGUGGAGCGCUGACGCUGCGGGAGCCACUGGAUCGGGAGGUGGAGGCUGAGUACCAGCUCACGGUGCGAGCUGAUGAUGGGGUCCAGUUUACGGAUGUUAAUGUUGUUGUUCAGGUCACCGACACAAACGACAACCCGCCUGUCUUCCAAGAGACGGCCUACUCCUUCGACAUCCCCGAGAACGCGGCCCGCGGCGCCACCGUCGGCGCCGUGGCUGCCUCCGACCUGGACGCUGGAGAGAAUGCUCGCAUCACAUACACGCUCAUCUCUGAUUGGGCCAACGAUGUGUUCUCUCUGAACCCUCAGACUGGAGUGUUCACGCUGACUGCUAGGCUGGACUAUGAAGAGGUGCAGCAUUACAUCCUGGUUGCGCAGGCGCAGGACAACGGGCGCCCGUCGCUCUCGGGCACCGUCACGGUGUACGUCAACGUCGUGGAUCUCAACGACAACGCGCCGGCCUUCGACCCCAUGAGCUUCUCCAACGAGCUCAACGAGGAUGUGCGCGUCGGGACGCCCGUUGUGACGAUUAGCGCUACUGAUCUCGACUCAGGACUCAAUGGAAAACUGUCCUAUACCAUCACAUCGGGCGACGAAAACCAAGACUUCGCCAUAGCAGAGAACGGAACGAUUUACACAAGACGACUGUUAGACAGAGAGACUCUGCCGACAUACAACCUGGUGGUCACUGCCAGAGACUCGGCCGUGGCUCCCGAGCCACAACUGUCCUCCACUGUACAGGUGACCAUUCAACUGAAAGAUGUCAACGAUAUGGCUCCAGAAUUUAUAACAUCCAAUGUUACGACCAUAUCAGAGAACAUUCCCUUGAAUACUGCCAUCAUGACGAUAAAGGCUGUAGACAAAGAUGAAGGGAGAAAUGGAUACGUGGAAUACUUUAUGCUACCGGACCCUGAAGUCAAUGGAUUAUUCUCACUAGGAAAUGUCGAUGGUAUACUAAGAGCUACAGGAAAAUUAGACCGAGAACUAAAAUCAAACUACACGAUAAGUGUUUCAGCAAGGGAUAGAGGGGAUCCACCAAAAGUAACUGAAACCAAAAUAACAAUAGAUAUAAUGGAUGAAAAUGACAACAGCCCUGUAUUUGAUCCCAAACAAUACAGCGCAUCUGUACCAGAGAAUGCUAGCAUCGGCGCAAGCGUACUACAGGUAUCAGCCACUGAUAUUGAUGAGGGAAUAAAUGGUCGAGUAAGAUACUCAAUAGCGUCUGGUGACGAGAAUAGAGACUUCAGCAUCAGCGAGGACACCGGCGUGGUGAGAGUGGCCAAGAACCUCAACUUCGAGAGGAAGGCGCGCUACAUACUCACUGUGAGGGCAGAAGAUUGCGCAGAAAAUGAUGUUAGAUUUGAUACGGCUGAGUUAUCCAUUUCAAUUCAAGAUAUAAACGAUAAUCCGCCUACGUUCCUAGACUCACCAUACUUAGCGUAUGUAAUGGAAAAUGUUAUUCCACCUAACGGCGGCUAUAUAAUAACAAUACAAGCUUACGACGCUGAUUCACCGCCGUUCAACAAUCAAGUGCGUUAUUUCAUAAAGGAAGGAAAUGCUGAUAUUUUCAAGAUAAACGCUUCGACUGGGCAGAUAUCACUAUUGAGAACCCUAGAUAGAGAGGCGCAGGAAGAAUACACGCUUGCACUUGUAGCAAUGGAUACAGGUUCUCCGCCACUUACCGGUUCCGGCACUGUGAAGAUCGUGGUUCAAGAUGUUAAUGACAAUAGCCCUGAAUUUGAAAGGCAAAGCUAUAGAACCGCUGUAAAGGAAAAUUUACCAUCGGGCACUAUCAUUUUGAAUCCUAAAGCCACAGAUAAAGAUAUGGGAAAUAAUGCAAAGAUAAGAUACAGCCUACUGGGAGAUAAAUCGGAACGCUUUCAUAUUGAUUCUGCAUCUGGUGUUAUUGCUACUAACGCUACAUUGGAUAGGGAAGAAUGUGACAAAUACUACUUGAUUCUAAUGGCUCAAGAUUCAUCAACGACCGACCCGAGAACUGCUACUGCAAACUUAACUAUUGUUGUCGAAGAUGAAAAUGACAAUACACCUACUUUUGUAUACCCAGUUUACGAAACGUAUAUUUCGGAAAGAACAAUGAUUGGAGAUUUCGUGUUUGGUGCCAAGGCUACAGACAUAGAUAUUGGCCUUAACAAGAAGAUUGUUUACGAUCUCAAAGGUGAACAUCGGGAUUUGUUCGACAUCAAUAGUGAGACUGGGGUUAUCAAAGCGAGGGAAAACCUAAUGAAAUACAGAUUGAAGAGUGGGUCCACUUUUAAUCUUGUAAUAACAGCUACGGACUCAGGUGUAAACCCACGGCAAAACACCACCGACCUCGUACUUAUACCGAAGUCUUCAAAGAACUUCCCAAAGUUUAAUGUGACUAACAAACUUACAUACACUUUCUCUGAAAAUACGCCUGAAGGUGUCUUAGUAACACAACUAGCCGCAUCAUCCCCCAAAAAGGGUCCGACUGGGCUUUUGCAAUAUGCUGUUGCCGGUGGAAACGUUGGCGAUGCAUUACGGAUAGAUCCUAUGUCCGGAGAAGUGUAUAUUACUGGAAAAGGCCUAGAUUAUGAAACAAUGCCCCUAUACGAGGUUUGGUUUGAAGUAAAGGACUCGGAUAACCCGCCAUUAAAAUCGUUUAUCGAGAUUGAGAUAAAAGUAACGGACGCUAAUGAUAACGCUCCCGUAAUUGAAAAUGCCCUUUACAAUGCUACAGUGUUGGAAGAGGAAGUAACACCUCAGCUAGUAAUAAAAAUUGAAGCUCAUGAUGAUGAUUCUAAUGACAACGGAAGAAUAUCAUUCAGACUAGUUGAUGAUUAUGACGGAACUUUUGAAAUUGAUAUGGAGAGUGGUGAAAUCUACACAACUAUGGAACUCGAUAGAGAAACAAAGGAAUUUUAUGAGGUUGUUGUUGAAGCCUACGAUCAUGGUGUACCUCAAUUAGUUGGUACAUCUACUGUGCUUGUAACAGUGCUAGAUAAAAACGACCAUCCUCCCAGAUUUACUCGACUAUUCAGUGUUAAUGUUACUGAAAACGCUGAAAUAGGCUCCUUCGUAAUUAAAGUAACUAGCUCUGACCUUGACACCGGUCCAAAUGCUAACGCUACUUACAGUUUUGUACAAAAUCCUGGUCAGAAGUUUGUUAUUGAUCAUACAACUGGAAAUGUUACAGUAGCUGGCACUUUAGACAGAGAACAACAAGAUGAAUAUAUUCUUAAAGUGGCUGCUAUAGAUGGCUCUUGGAGAUCUGAAACUCCGCUAACAAUAACUAUACAAGAUCAAAAUGAUAACGCGCCUGAAUUUGAAUACUCUUACUACAGUUUUAACUUCCCUGAACUUCAGAAGAAAAACAGCUACGUCGGCCAAGUUAUUGCAACUGAUAGAGAUAAACAAGGUCCUAACUCCAUCAUAUCAUAUUCGUUUCAACAACCUUCAGAUUUGUUUGCCAUUGACCCUGCUACGGGUGACAUUUUGAGCAAAUCCGUAAUGAACUAUAAACGAACAUCUGUGGACACAUCGCCAGAAAAUAUGUAUUCAGUAAUAGUUCUAGCGACUGAUAACGGAAAACCGCCAAUGUCUUCAGAAUGCCUUGUCACAAUUAACGUUGUAGAUGCAAAUAAUAACGCGCCUUCAUUCAAAGACCACGAACGGUUUGUGCCAGUACCUGAAGACGCUACUUUUGGAGAAAAAGUAAUAAAAUUAGUGGCUGAAGAUAACAUGGACUAUGGAAUAAAUGCUGAAAUUGAGUAUUCUAUCUCCGGAGGUAAUGGCACUGCAUACUUCUCUAUUGAUAAUGCUAAUGGCUGGAUUGUUGUGAAGAAACAGUUUUAUUCACUAGGCCGAUACUAUGAACUAAAAGUUAGAGCUGUUGAUCGAGGAGUACCACCACAGUCGGAUGAGACCACCAUUACAUUUGUUGUAACUGGUGAAAAUGUUUACACGCCUAAAUUCACAGCUUUGAGUUACCAAGUGAUUGUCCCAGAAAAUGAACCUAUCGGAUCAUCUAUAUUAACUGUCAAAGCAACUGAUGAUGAUGACGGCCCAAAUGGCAUUGUUCGUUAUUCUAUCUCAGCAGGAAAUCAAGGCAAAGAGUUUAAAAUUAAUCCAGUAUCGGGUGUGAUAAGCAUAGUGUUACCUUUGGACUUUGACACUAUCCAAGAGUACCGCCUAAACAUUUCAGCAAAAGACCUCGGCUUUAAAUCGAAAGAAACAACUGCUACCCUCACAAUUUUACUAACAGACAUAAAUGACAAUGCUCCCCGAUUUAAUCAAUCGUCGUACGUCGCUUAUCUACCAGAAAACUCACCUGUAAAUAGUUUGAUAUAUAAAGUUACUGCUAUUGACGUAGACUCUCCCAAGAAUGCUAUUGUGAAAUAUCACAUCAAGGAUCCAAUGAACUCUUUGUUCCGCAUUGACACAAUUACAGGAGAAAUAUUUUCUAGAGAAGUAUUUGAUUAUGAAGAAAAGUCAACAUAUACACUGAAAGUGUUAGCUGAGAACCCAAAUUCUGCAAUGCGGAACCUUACUGAAGUAGUAAUACACAUUACGGGCGUCAAUGAAUUUUAUCCCAAGUUUAUACAACCAGUUUUUCAUUUUGAUGUAUCGGAAUCAGCUGAAGUUGGGACCAACGUUGGUGUUAUACAGGCCACCGAUCAAGAUAGCGGAGAUGAUGGCAUUGUAUACUACUUGUUUGUUGGAUCUAGCAACGACAAAGGAUUUAGUAUCAAUUCUCAAACUGGGGUAAUACGAGUUGCUAGAUACCUAGAUAGAGAAACACAAAAUAGGGUAGUUUUGACAGUGCUAGCGAAGAAUUCUGGCGGAAUAAGAGGAAACGACACCGAUGAAGCACAAGUUAUUAUAUCAAUCCAAGAUGGUAAUGAUCCUCCAGAAUUCCUGAAAAAUUUCUAUGACGCUACAAUAUCUGAAGGAGCUACUAUUGGUAAAGAAGUUAUACAAGUUCAAGCUGUCGACAAAGAUGUUCGACCACAAAACAAUCAAUUCAGUUAUUCUAUUAUUGGAGGAAAUGCGAACCAAAACUUCAAAAUAGAUCCACAGACAGGAGAGAUUGAAGUAGCUAGACAUCUUGAUAGAGAAACAUCUCCUGUAUACUCACUUAUUGUUGGUGCUAUAGAUACUGGAAUACCGCCACAAACUGGUACAGCUACCGUUAAGGUUACGCUUACUGACAUAAAUGACAAUGGCCCAUCUUUUGAUGUAGAAAACUUCAAUGGCGCAGUUUAUGAAAAUGAACCACCAAAUACAAGCAUUGUCACGUUAUCAGCCAGUGACCCAGACUUGCCACCAAACGGUGCACCAUUUUCUUAUGCUAUAAUUGGUGGACAGCAUCAAAGUUAUGUCAAGAUACAGAAACACACUGGUAUUCUCCUAACAACAAAGAAAAUAGACAGAGAGCUUACUCCCAAAUUGGAAAUACAAAUACAGAUCGAAGACAGCGGAACACCUGUAAUGAAAUCCAAUUAUACAAUAUUUGUCAAAGUGCUAGACAGAAAUGAUAACCCACCAUUAUCUAGAUCGGUUCACGUUCUUGUUUACGCAUUCAAUAACAAAGUGCCAGUGGGAAAAAUUGCUGACGUUAGACCUAAUGAUCCAGAUAUUGUAGGAGACUAUCGAUGCAGAAUACUGAAAGAAUCUACAUCUGAAAGUACUCUAUCACUAUUGAGUAUCAGGAAAGGGUGUGAUUUGUACACAAAUGCCAUCAAACCAGGACAAGGCUACUCUUUCUCAGUUUCUGGAAAUGAUGGUAUACACAGAGACGUGACAUCAUCGAUCAGUGUAGAGUUCUUCUCGUUUGACAACGCCACGGUUGAACAAUCUAUCACCGUCAGAGUACUCAAUAUGACGGCCUCAGAUUUCUUAACGCAGUACUAUCGAAGUUUACUUGAAUCGCUGAAAGGUGGUCUAAACAGCGGAGAAAAUGUUUACCUUUACAGCAUUAAAGAGUUUGACGGUGGUUUGGAUUUAACAAUAGCAACAAAACAGAAAUAUAGAACGUGGGAAAGAAAAGAAACUGAAAGCUACAUAAAAAGCAGAGAAUUUGAUAUCAAGAAAUUGUUGAAACGUCAAAUCAUCGUAUCGUACUUACCUUGUGCUAAUCACGACUGCGAUAACGGAGGUCUGUGCACCGACUCCAUGAAAGUAAUGGAAGAGACCAAAAUAACAGAAAGUCCAACGUUAAUUCUGUCAUCACCACUGGUUAGCCAUGAUUUCACUUGCCACUGUACAGAUGGUUUUAUGGGUAAGAAUUGUGAAAAGAGACAAGAUCCAUGCUCACCGAAUCCUUGCCGAUUCGGAGGUCAAUGUAGGAAGCAGGGUCAUGAUUUUGUUUGUACGUGUCCAUCAAGACGAGAGGGAAAAACUUGCGAACUGGAAAGAGGCGAUGUCUGCAGCAGCAACCCUUGUAAGAACGGAGGAUCAUGCAAAGAAAGCUCGGACCGUAAUUCCUUCUUUUGCUUAUGUCGCCCUGGUUACCGAGGAAAUCAGUGUGAGGCUCUCGUAGAUUCAUGCAGACCAAACCCAUGCAUGUAUGGAGGUGUGUGUGUCAGUUUAAAACCAGGCUAUAAGUGCAGCUGCAUUGAUGGUCGUUACGGAAAGCACUGUGAAAGCUCCACAUUCGGAUUCAAUGACCUCUCUUACAUGAAGUUCCCUGCCCUAGACGCAUCCACUAAUGACAUCACGUUAAUAUUUGCCACUCGAAGACCUGAUGCACUACUGCUCUACAACUAUGGAGCCCACACAGGAGGGCGAUCAGACUUUAUUGCUAUCGAACUAUUGGGAGGGAAGCCCGUAUUCUCCUUUGGAGGAGCUAGAACUUCAAUAACAUCCGUCGCUAUAACGAAUACUGACAAGAACCUGGCAGACGGCGGCUGGUACAAGUUGACGGCCACUAGGAAUGGCCGCGUCAUAUCGCUGAGUGUGACGUCAUGCAGCGACCACGGGGACGUCUGCAUGGAGUGCAAGCCUGGCGACGACUCUUGCUACGCUGACGAUACUGGACAAGCUGGAACCCUCAACUUCAACAACGAGCCUCUUCUCAUCGGUGGUCUCCACAAGGCGGACCCGGUGCUGGAGCGUCCCGGACAGAUUCACUCUGAUGACUUCGUGGGCUGCAUCCACAGCAUCUCCAUCAACGGCCGCCUCCUCAACCUCACCAACCCGUCAGACUCAAGAGGAGUGGACCCCACUUGCGGAAGAUCAGAAAACGGAGCGUGUUAUAAGAAAAACGUCUGUGGUGCCGGCGAAUGCCAAGACAGAUGGAAGACCAACUACUGCAAAUGCCCUGGAAAUGUCAUCUCCCCAGAUUGCACGCAAUCUCUGCAGGCUAUUUCAGUCACGGAAUCUGGUAUAGUUCAGUAUGUUAUAUCUGAAAAACAUAGAAGAAUGCAGCUACUUGAAUCCUUCUAUGGUGGAAGCACGACGUGGGAGAGGAAACCGAUGAAGGCUAAGACGACCAGCAAAAUAACGAACCCGCCAAAAACGCUAACAUUCUUCUUUAGAACUUAUAGGAGAGAUGGAAUAAUGUUUUAUGCAGCAACUGAUAAAUACUAUACGCUGAUUGAACUAAUUGAUGGAAAAGUUAGCUAUAGUUCGAAACAAAACACAGUUGUUAAUAUGACUGUGGAUCAAGAGGACGUGUCAGAUGGAAAUUGGCACAACGUCACCUUGUUCUCACUUGGAAGAAGCAUUCGCUUGCUGGUCGAUGGUCGGCAUCUCGGCGAAGAAUUAGAUUCUGCUGGAGUUCACGACUUCUUGGACCCCUACCUCACCAUCAUGGCAAUGGGCGGAGUGAAAAAUGAAUGGUUCCCGCUAAACAGCUUCCGAAACUUUGAAGGAUGCCUUUCAAAUCUUACAAUUAAUAAUGAACUUCAACCUUUGAAUGGAAAUGGAUCUAUAUUUAGUGAAACAAUUCGCUUUGGCAAGAUCUUGGCUGGCUGUCACCACGCAUUCGCAGCAGGAUCCGCUCAAACACCGUCGCCGCUCAGCAUCGGCGUCACUCUCAUAAUAGUAUUUUUUAUCAUCUUAAUUGUUGCCAUACUGGUGUCAUUUAUAGUUUUCCGAUUACGCAAACAAAAGAAAGAAAAAGGUGACAUGCCAAAUGCUAAAGUAAACGUUAUUCACUCGAAGCAAAAUGGAGGCCCAGCUAUUUUGAAUGCACCAAACUUAAUUGCCGGGACAAACGACAGCUUAAUGAACAGAAGUAUGCACAAUAAUGAGACUAAUUUGAACAGCUAUAUGUCUGACAACGCCGACAUUAUGAGAAACGUGGGACAUAUUGUUGGGCCCGAGUUGCUGUCGAAGAAAUACAAAGAUCGUGACAUAAUGGGCUUAGAUCCGCCAAGACCGCAACGACCAGACAUCAUAGAACGUGAGGUUGUCGGUAAGAGUCCCGCGCUCAGAGAAGACCAUCACCCACCACCGCCACCUUCUACAAAUAAUUCCCACCAUAACCAUGACCACCCAAAUGGUAUGGACUUGAAUAUGGAUGGGCCAGAGCAUUAUGACUUAGAAAAUGCUAGUUCCAUAGCACCAUCUGAUAUUGAUAUCGUGUAUCACUACAAAGGAUUCAGAGACGGAGGAGUGAGAAAGUACAAAGCAACUCCACCUCCGAUAGCUGGCUAUCAUCACAAGCAUCAGACCCCUCCACACCGGCACUCUCCUCACCACGCGUCGGGGUACCCGCCCCGAGUGAUGCCGCAGCCAUCACAACCCCCAUCUCAGCCGAGACAACAUCAAACUACACCACUAGCUCGCUUGUCACCAAGCAGCGAGCUCAGUCAGCAGCCCAGGAUACUGACUCUGCAUGACAUCUCGGGGAAGCCGCUGCAGAGUGCCUUAUUAGCUACAACAUCCAGUUCAGGUGGUGUCGGAAAAGAUGCUCUGCACAGCAAUAGUGAGAGAAGUUUAAACAGUCCAGUCAUGUCUCAACUAAGUGGCCAGAGCUCUUCGGCUGGUAGAAAAACACCAAAUGCUCCGUUGCAAGUGCCUCCAGGCUCUGUCGGGUCCGGGGCUGUCGGAUUAACCUCAGAGGAGAUAGAAAGAAUGAAUGCGCGACAGCGGACGUCUAGUCUAGUGUCCACUCUAGAUGCGGUGUCCAGCUCCAGUGAAGCGCCCCGAGGCGGCGGCGGUGGCCACCACAUGUCACACCGACACCACUCGCCGCAAGCCGACAACCGGAGUUCUACAGGCUCUGAUGACGAAAGUGGGAAUGACAGUUUCACAUGUUCAGAGAUAGAAUACGACAACAACAGUCUGAACGCUGAUAAGCCUGAAGAGAUCAGGAGAAACAAUGUGAGUGCGGGCAGCAGUUCCAAGACACCAAUAAUGCCGCCUCCUUACGAAAGUUUUGACUCGUCUUUUCGCGGGUCUUUGAGUACACUAGUCGCGUCUGAUGACGACCUGACCCCUCACGUCCUCUACAGACAAGCCAAUGGCUCCCCAGCGCCCGCCACUUUAGGUUGGGACUACAUGAUUAAUUGGGGGCCAAAUUUUGAGAGCAUGAUAGGUGUAUUCAAAGACAUAGCAGAAUUACCUGACGCUGUAAACGGCAGGAUGUCUUCUUCACUGCGGCUUCCAAACGGAACGCCUAAACCUUCCGAGGAAUACGUUUAAAUUGAAGACUUAUUAACUAAUCUGUAUUAUAUAAAACUGUAUAGACUUAGGUUUAUAAUUUAGGAUAUAAAAAAUCUGGUAAUGAGAUUGAUGGAUAUUUUAACCCAGGUUUUAGUUCAGUUAAGACAAUUAGUUGUAAAUUUUGUACAAAAAUGUUGACGCGAUCUUGUAUCAAGGUUCGCCUCCAACCUCUUGCCAUAUCUUGUUGUUUUUGUAAGAUCGACUUCCAAUUUAUUAAUUAUUUAGCCUGUAACGAACAUUCAAACCUCAUUGUACAUAAUGUCAUUGUAGAUAUAAUUAACAAUAUUAUUUUGCUACUGUACAGUAUUUAGAAAUGUUUAAAUAUACAUACUUUGAUCUAAUGUUUGGUUCUGUAUCCACAUAAAAACUAUAUUGAAUCUUGAUCAUGAAAUUAGCAGUACUGUGUCGAUCAUAUUAUGUAAAGCCAUAAUAUUUUUUGUGAACAAAGUGCCAAAUGCCUUUUAACGUGUUAAUUAAAAGAACUGACUGAUUUUUUAAUUUUAUAUGUAAUAAAAUAAAUAAACAAUAAUUUGAAAAAUA